AUGGUGCCAGCAAUAUCAAUCAACAAGGCACCGGCACCGACGAUAAUGAUGGCGGCGACGCUCGAGGGCUGCAGCGAGCAAGGAUCGAUGGCUGGAGGCGGCGGUGGAGAGAGACCCAUGGCGGGUCAAAGUUUAGGCUCGAGCGGGCCCAAUUAUGCUCCUAGGAUCCUUCCCACUCCGAUAGCCGAAGAGCUCGCAGCGCUUCGCUGCAAAAUGAAGAUGUCGGGCUAA